AUGGAGAAAUUGUACGACACGGUGAAAGCGGCGAUAGUGAACUACAAACUUGACAGCUGUUGCUGUUUCGCGCCCGUCAGGACCGGCGUGCUGAUCACGGGCUAUUUUAACAUAUUUCUAUCGAUGCUCUCGUUGGUGGGUACCGCCGAUGGAGGCAUCACACCACCCCUGAUGGCUGUCCAGGAGGUGAUAUUGGACGACGAAGGGUCCAAGAUCAUUGGAGUAAUGGCCUACGGCACUGAGCUUGCCUUCAAUAUGUUGUUGUUGUGCGCUAUGUACAGGAAAGAUAUUACAUUGCUGCGAACGUAUAUGUACUUCGACAUAGCGGCUAUAGUGGCAUCCCUCCUUGUCUACUCUAUGGUUAUAGCUGCCAUAACGCUUCUGACCAAGAUUAACGUGAUUAGCAACAUCGCGUUUCAGUGUUACGUUAUACUGCUUGUUAGGAGUGCAAUAGUAGAAAUUAAGGAAGAGUCGACCGAGGAGAAAAACGGUCAUGUUACUCUAUACUCUGUGGCUAAGCUACCGGAAGUCAAAAAGGACGCGGAAGACGUGGAGAUAGCGGCUGAAACUCUACCGGAAACCACCGAAUCGCAGCCGAACUCGAGCAGACCGGAACUCAAAGAAGAGGUCGCCAAAUUGGAAACUGUCAACGAGAAUCCCAAAGAGGAA